CAUAUUGUUGGUCGUGUCGUCGUGCAUUGUCAAAGCAGGGCCUCUACGCCUUUCGUGCGAAGCCUGCACGUAUUAUUGUGUGGUAUUAUCUCAUGCACAGUGCCGCGAAGGCGCAUCGAGUGGAACAGAGUCUGUGAACGCGUGUGUAUCUGCGUGCGCGUGCGUGUGUCGUGGAGACGGCCAACGCAACUGCGGCUAAAAAUAUGGUGAACUGCGCCGUGUUUGGAUGCAAGAGCCGCACGAAAAACAGGACCGACGAUCAGAAUGCUGCCCCUGUAAAGUUCUUCUCGCUGCCGAGUGUGAUAAAGUACCAGUGUCAACGAACGGAAGAGCUAACAGCACGGAGGAGGGCGGAAUGGUUUCGCCGCAUUAACCGCCGAGACAUGGACUACGCCGGGACCAACUACAAGGUCUGCGAGAAACACUUCAUUUCUGGUCGUCCCGCUUACGCGAUGGCCGAAGCGGAUCCUGACUGGGCGCCGUCUUUGCAUCUCGGCUACGAGAAGAAGGCGAACAGUGAAUCUCGCGCCGCUCGGUACAGGAGAAGGCUCAACCGUGCCGCGGAUGCCGUGAGGAAUGUGUCAAAGCACCACGUAGAUGUCCACUUGCUCACAUCCAACACGGAUGACGACACUGAACCGCCCAUGCCAAAUCUGGUCGAGGGCACGCCUGUUGAAGAACGGAAUGAUGAGCAAGAGGAGACUCUCACUUUCUUUCUUGCGGACAUUUGAAAAAUAUAUUGGACACAGAUG